CUGGCCCAGCACUUGGACCCCGAGGGUGUAACUGACUGACCCUAGCCACCAGGCCUCCUCUGGCCACACUGUGGGCCCUCCACGGGCUUGUGGGGGCAGGGGCUGGUUUAUCUCACUGGCCCCUGUCCACUGCUCCACUGGCACUCAGGAAGCUGGGGGUGGGGGUCAGCCAGGCAGGAAGCCUGAGGUCAGCGGCCGCAGCCCAGAGCAGCCGGUACCCAGCCUCGGCAGCAUGUGGGCACUCGUGCUGCUGUGGCCCGUGGUGCUGGGGUUCGGCCUGGAAGAUGACAGCCAGAACACCCUCACCUACGACGAGGACGAUGAGAUGGGGAGCGUGGGGGGAGGUAAUGAUGGCACACUGGGGCCCCUGACUGGGCCCCAGGAGGAGACCCCUCACUCGCCCCACCUGCGCAGCUUCCCCGGCCAGGUUUGGGUCAACAACAGCCACGUUCUGGAGAUCCCACACAGCUCGCGGGCGCUGCUGCUGGGCUGGGUGUCCACGAGGCUGGUGCCCGCGCUCUACGGGCUCACCCUGCUGGUGGGGCUGCCCGCUAACGGGCUGGCGCUGUGGGUGCUGGCCACCCGGGUGCCGCGGCUGCCCUCCACCGUGCUGCUGAUGAACCUGGCGGCCGCCGACCUCCUGCUGGCCUUGACGCUGCCGCUGCGCGUCGCCUACCACUUGCAGGACCAGCACUGGCCCUUCGGUGAGGCCGCGUGCCGCGCGACCACAGCCGCUCUCUACGGCCACAUGUACGGCUCUGUGCUGCUGCUGGCCGCCAUCAGCCUGGACCGCUACCUGGGCGUCGUGCACCCGUUCCGAGCCCUCACCCUGCGGGGCCAGCGCUUGGCUGCUGGGCUCUGCGCCACGGCCUGGCUGGCAGCCGCCGCCCUGGCGCUGCCCCUGGCGCUGCAGCGCCAGACCUUCCGCUUGUCGCACUCGGACCACGUGCUGUGCCACGACGCGCUGCCCGUGGGCGCGCAGGCCUCCUACUGGCGGCCCGCCUUCCUCUGCCUGGGGGUGCUCGGCUGCUUCCUGCCGCUGCUGGUCAUGCUGCUGAGCUACGGGGCCACGCUGUGUGCGCUGGCAGCCGGCGGCCCGCGCUACGGCCACGCGCUGAGGCUGACCGCGCUCGUGCUGGCCUCGGCCGUGGCCUUCUUCGUGCCCAGCAACAUAUUGCUGCUGCUGCACUACUCGGACCCGCGCCCGGACGCCUGGGGGGACCUGUACGCCGCCUACGUGCCCAGCCUGGCGCUCAGCACCCUCAACAGCUGCGUGGACCCCUUCAUCUACUACUACGUGUCUGUGGAGUUCAGGGACAAGGUGCGGGAGGGGCUGCUCCACGUGACUCGGGGCGCCUCCGCAGCCUCCAGGGAGGGGGGCACCCAGGGCACUGGCACCCGGUCCACCUCACUCGUGUGACGGCCCCCCAGAAGGUGGGCCGAAUGGAGAGGGGGUCGUAUGGGGUCGAGCGGGGCCCCCUCCCAAUCCACGUCUCCCGGGGACCCCUGGAUGUGAGGUUAUCUGGAAAUAGGGUCUUUGCAGGUGUUCUUAAAAUUUGGUCACACUGGCGUAGGGGAGACCCUAAAUCUGCUGUGAUCAGUGUCAUUAUAAGGAGAGGACACACGUACACACAGGGAAGGAGGCCAUCUGACCACGAAGGCAGACAUGGGGGUGCCGCAGCCACAGCCACGGAACACGACGACUGCUAAAAGUCACCAGAAGCCGGGAUGGCAGCCUGAGACACUCCCCCUCGGGGCCCCCCCUGCCCACACCCUGAUCUCAAGAUUCUGGCCUCCAGAACUGUCAGAGAAUAAAUUUCUGUUGUUUUAA